AUGGAUAGAAACGAGUUAAGAGAAGGUACUAUAGCUAUAGCAGUGGACAAAGAUAAAACAAGCUGUCAAGCUCUUAAAUGGGCAGUGGAACAGUAUAUACCACGAGGCAGAACAAUAAAACUUGUUCAUGUCAUCCAAAGAUCUACAUUGAAUGCAAGUGGACAUUCUACAGAUGAUGAAUCGUCUGGAAAGCAAAGUAAUGAUAAAGUAACUCGUCAGUUUCUUCCAAUGCGUUGUCUUUGCAUGAGACGAAAUAUACAAAGCGAUGUAGUUAUGCUUGAAGAUCAGGAUGUAGCCAAAGCGUUGAUUGAAUAUAUUAGCCAGAACUUUAUUUCUACAUUCUUGUUAGGUGCCUCGUUAAAGAAGAGCAUUACAAGGCUUUUUAAGGUUGAUGACAUACCAAGUAAUGUGAUGAGAUGGGCUCCAGACUUCUGCACUGUCUUAGUCAUAUCAAAGGGAAGACUAUCAAGUGUACGGUCAGCCACUAGGCAUUUACCUCAAGGCUUGCAUUCUCCUUCUUCAGGGACUGCACCUUUGUCACCACUCAGCAACACUGAUGAGGCUCCCUCUGAGAUGUCAUUGUCAAGAGAAGACGAUGUUUUCUUUGAGGAGUUUUCAUCCCUUGGCACAGAUUCUUCUACUGUGAACAUUAGUGACAGGAUGAGUACUGAUAGUUCGGUUCUCUCCUUCUAUGAGAAGCUAGGGACUCCAAACAUGUUGGAGAUUCCUAGAUUCUCAGGUCUUGAUGAUGAUAAAUCCAAUCUUUCGAUAUACCUUAAUAGUCCUUCUGAUGUAAAGCUGAUGGAUGAAGCCGAAGCUGAGAAGAGAAGUCUGAAGAAAGAGCUGAAGGAGACAAUGAACAUGUACCAUGCAGCCUGCAGAGAAGCCCUCAUGGCAAAGGAGAAAGUAGCUGAGCUAGAGAUAUGGAAAAAGAAAGCAGAGAAAAGGCUUCAAAGGGCUGAGGAAACAGCAAUAAUGGCUGUUAUGAAGAUGGAGAAGAGAGAAGUGGAGGUAAAGCCUAAUAUGAAGGCGGUGAUAGGGCGUAAUGACAGAAAGAUGGUUCUGGAGGCUUCUUUAGAGUCUCAUAUGGUGACAAUCCUCUUUCUUGUGAUUGGAGUUUGGGAGAUGAUGUAA